AUGACUGGGAUGAAUAGGAUGACUACAAUAAUUGGGAUGAGUGGAAUGACUGGAAUGACUGAGAUGACCGGGAUGACAAAUAUGACUGGGAUUUGUGGGAUUGCAAACAUGACUGGAAUGACUAAUAUGACUGGGAAGAAUAGCGUGACCAACGUGACUGGGAUGACGUGGAUGACCAGGUGUUCUCAAAGUUGGAUUAAGCUAAUCCAGGGAAAGCUGUUGUAACGGAUAUAUUGUACCUUAUUCUUUCUUUUCACAGUUAUUUCACCAUCAAGUGUACCACUUUUGGGAGUAGAAGUUAAUCAAUCUUACUUUGUCCAAUAAAACAACAACAACAUUAACAACAAUACAAACUAAAAAAAAACGUUCAAAAUAAAAUGCAACAUAAAAGAGCAAAAUUCCAAAAUAAAUUAAAUCAAUUACAGUUGUACUGCUUAGCCAACAUUAUUAUGGUGAAAAUAAAAUUAUUUAACCCAGGAUCAUCAGAUACUAUUAUUAGUGAGAAAGUUGCAGAAUAUAGUCAUCCAAUAUUGAGUGUAGUCCUGAACAGCAACAGCUGUUGGUGAUUCAGUGACUGGCAUGUCAAAAAGUGUAUAAAGGGAAUCAACAGGAUAAACAAAUAUUUCAUUAUUGACUUUUGAAUAAAUAAUAUUGGCACUUCAAAGCAUUCCUGUUAAACUUUGUAUGAAUUAGACAUUUUGCAUUAAAUAAAUGCUUGCAAUCGCCAGUUUAUGUCUGCAGGGAAUCACAAUACAAAGACAGCUGAAACGCACUGAAAUCUUUUUGGUUUUUAGAACAAAAAUAAUUUGAUUGAUUUGAGUGAAACUUCCAAGAGACAUGCACUUGUUGGUGAAGUACUCAUGAUCGGAAAACUUAAAUGCAGAAACUGUGGUCCUUAUAAGUUUUGUCCUGGAUUAGCAUUUAUCGGCUUUAUGACUGUGAUGACACUACUGACUGGGAUGACUGAGAUGAGUGGGAUUUUUGGGAUCACUAACAUGACUGGGAUGACUGGAAUGACUGGGAUGACUAAUAUGACUAGGAUGACUAGGGUGACUAGAAUGGCUAAGAUGACUGGGACGACUAGGCUGACUAGGAUGAUUGGGGUGACUGGGAUAACUUAG